CCUCAAGAUGAAACGUCAAAACUUGUUAAGUUUGAAGUUUUGCCCAUAAAACAAGUGAAGUCAAAAGUUCAAGACCAUCAAAUUUUAAAGUCAUUGGGUGAAACUUUAUCGCUUUGAAUCUCUUAGCCGUAUCUGACCUCUUUUUAUGUUUUUAUUGAGCCGAGGGUCUCUCGGAAACAGCCGUCCUACCUUGGUAGGAGUAAGGUCUGCGUACACUCUAGCCUCCCCAGACCCCACGUUGUGGGAUUUCACUGGGUUGUUGUUGUUGUUGUUGGGUGAAACUUUAGGAUACUUUUGUUGUAAACAAGGUUUUUUUUUUUUUUUUUACAUUUAUUCAAUAUCCAAAAUCUACUGGUUCAAUUAAUUUGAAUCCGUGUUAUAUGAAAACCUAUAAAAGAGUUUUAUCAAAGUUUCUUUAAUUAAAAGUGAAAAGAUCCUACCAUCAUAUCACAUUUAUAAGCAGUGUAAGCUAUGUUUGCUUGCUUGUGGCUUACCAUCUCAUUAGUCAAAGAAAUAAGUAAAGAAAAAAACUGCUCAUGGCAUUAUUAUAACACAAACUUGCAACAGAAAAAAAGUUGCAAUUAGCCACCUAUAUAAACCCAUUAGAUUCACUCAUAUCCGUGAAAUCCAUCCAAACAGCUCUCCUCCACCCUCCACCAACCACAAACUCCCAAAAAAUGGCGUAUUUGCAACCAAGAAGCCUAAUUGGCAAACUUAGUAUUUUCCUUUUCCUUUGCAUAGUACAAACUUCCUUUUCUUCUCCACAUCAACCUCUUUCCAGACGCCUUUUGACAACCACACCAAGAAACAUGGUCAAACAAUACCUUGCUCCCCACAACAAAGCAAGAGCAAAACUUGGACUUCCACCUCUCAAAUGGAGCAACAAACUAGCAAAUUACGCUAGCUGGUGGGGACACCAACGACGGGUGAGUUGCGAGUUGGUUCAUUCCCGCGGGGACUACGGUGAAAACCUUUUCUGGGGGAGCGGCAAGGAUUGGAAGCCACGCGACGCUGUCAUGGCGUGGGCAAAGGAAGGACCUUAUUAUGAUUAUAAGAGCAAUUCUUGCAAGAAAAAUGAGCAAUGCUUGCAUUAUACACAAAUUAUUUGGAAACAAAGUACAAGAGUUGGCUGUGCAAAAGUUGUAUGCAAAACUGGGGAUACUUUGAUUAGUUGCAACUAUGAUCCACAUGGUAAUGUAGUAGGAGAGAAACCUUUUUAAGAGAGCUUUUCAAUACUCUCAUUCAAUGUGUGCAUACACUGACCCCGGAAAUUAAACUAGUCUUUUAACAGUGACGAAUCCAGAAUUUAAACGUUGCAGGUUCUGAGUUGAAAGAGCGCGUUUGAAAUGUAAAUGUAAUUCUAUUUGUAUUGAACACACGAAUCCAUGAUUAAAUUUGUCAUUAGCUAACUCUCUUGGGACAUCCCUUUUUGUUUGUAGAAGAAUAAUCUUAUUUGUAAAGUGCUUAAAUUUUUCCUUUUUCAAGAAAAUGUGUUAGACAUUUGGGACCUUUUUCUCAUUUGGAAGCUGGCAACAACUCAAGGAAGUAUGGGUUAUUGGUCAAAUAAUUGCUGUGCUGUGAACUUCAAGUCCCAGAUCAGAUCCUACUGUUUAUGUCCUUUGCCCAGGGCCAAUUGUACAAGA